AUGGCCACCUCGUCAUGCCAAGCUCAUGGCCAAGUCGACAAGGAGCCGACCUCUACCUCGUCAUACCAAGCUCAUUGUCAGGUUGGCCAAGAACCCACCUCGUCAUGCCAAGAUCAUGGCCAGGUCGACAAUAAGCUGACCUCUACCUCAACAUGCCAAGCUCAUGGCCAAGAACCCACCUCGUCAUGCCAAGAUCAAGGCCACCUCGUCAUGCCAAGAUCAAGGCCACCUCGUCAUGCCAAGCUCAGGGCCAGGUCGACAAGGAGCCGACCUCUACCUCGUCAUACCAAGCUCAUUGUCAGGUUGGCCAAGAACCCACCUCGUCAUGCUAAGAUCAUGGCCAGGUCGGCAAGGAGCAAACCUCUACCUCAACAUGCCAAGCUCAUGGUCAGGUUGGAGAAGAACCCAUCUCGCCAUGCCACGAUCAUGAUCAGGUCGGCAAGGAGCCGACCUCUACCUCACCAUGCCGAGCUCAUAGGCAGGUUGGAAAGAACCCACCUCGCCAUGCCACGAUCAUGA